GCCAUGGAGGACCUGACACGUUUACGAGAGACCAUCGACAACAACUCGGUGAGUUCUCCUCUUCAGUCGCUGCAGCAGAGGAUGUGGCUCAUACACUGGUCUUUGUUUGUCUUCUUUAACCACCCCAAAGGUAGAGACAACAUCAUCGAGCUGUUCCUCUAUCAGCCCCACUACCUGAACGCAAUUCAGACCAUGUGCCCUCACAUUCUGCGCUACCUGACCACGGCCGUAAUCACCAACAAAGAUGUGAGAAAGCGACGACAGGUCCUCAAAGACCUGGUCAAGGUCAUCCAACAGGAGUCAUACACGUACAAGGAUCCUAUCACAGAGUUUGUGGAGUGCCUCUACGUUAACUUUGAUUUCGACAGCGCUCAGAAAAAACUGAGAGAGUGCGAGUCGGUGCUGGUGAACGAUUUCUUCUUGGUGGCCUGCUUGGAGGAUUUCAUUGAAAAUGCGCGGCUGUUCAUCUUUGAGACGUUCUGCCGGAUCCAUCAGUGCAUCAGCAUCAGCAUGUUGGCAGAUAAGCUGAAUAUGACCCCCGAGGAGGCCGAGAGAUGGAUCGUAAACCUGAUCCGCAAUGCCAGACUGGAUGCCAAAAUCGACUCCAAACUGGGUCACGUGGUGAUGGGCAACAACGCCGUGUCGCCAUAUCAGCAGGUGAUCGAGAAGACCAAGAGCCUGUCGUUCCGCAGUCAGAUGCUGGCCAUGAACAUCGAGAAGAAGAUCAGCCACAGCAGCAGGAACGAGACACCGAACUGGGCGGCUCAAGACACUGGCUUCUAUUAGACUGGAAACACAAGGCAAACAGCGGAUUAACUUACUCCUCAGCCUCAUCUUAGUAUUUAACUAACAAUCUUUUAUCUAGUCACGUUUCAUAUUAGGAGCAUUUUUACAAAAGUUUGAUGGAGACAUUUCCAGCAUGACGAAAUCUAUGGAGUUCUGAGGUGUUUCCGUGAACUUUAUGUAUUCUGUAUGAAGGAAGGAAUUUACCAUGCAAGAUUUUAUUUAUUAUUCCAGUUCAGUGUAAUCUCAAAGGACAUUUUUCUUUUCCCUUAUGCGAGUCAUUGUUUUGAACAUCAUAACACGUUAAUAAACAGUGAAAGUGUGUUUCUGAACACAUUUUCAAGGAACUUG